AUGGCUGCCGCUCCUAGGGACGAAGCUGAUGCGGUCGAUUCCGGACGUGUCGACGAAAAGCCAGAGGAUAUCCAAAAUGAAUUUGAGGGUGCUAGUCAAGUGCUCGCGAACGACAAGAUUGGUCAAGUGACGGGAAUAGAUAAUGAUGCUGCUCACACGAAAGCCAUGACGAGAAGACUUCUGUGGAAGCUUGACACAAGAAUCCUACCAGUCCUUGCCAUUCUCUUCCUAUGCUCUUUUCUGGACCGCACCAAUGUCGGCAAUGCCAAAAUUCUCGGUCUGGAGAGCGACGUCGGCCUCAACAACAGCCAAUAUGCCAACGGAUUAGCCAUCUUCUUCGCCUUUUACAUCGCGGCGGAGUUGCCCUCAAAUCUCGUUCUCAAGAAGGCCAGUCCGAGAAUCUGGCUUGCUUUUCUCACAGCCAUCUGGGGGCUCAUUGGUAUGUGCUUGGGCUUUGUUGAGAACUACGCCGGAUUUCUGGUCGUGCGUGCUUUCCUCGGACUUGCAGAAGGCGGCUUGCUCCCUGGAAUGGUCCUCUAUCUCUCUUCAAUCUACACUCGAGGCGAGAUGGCGCUUCGGAUAGGCUUGUUCUACACAAGUGCUUCUCUUGCUGGAGCUUUUGGCGGCCUGCUCGCGCGAGGUUUGUCGGCCAUUGGAUCUCAUGCAGGCCUUGACGCGGGAUGGCGGUGGAUCCUCGUGAUUGAAGGCCUCCUGACUUUUGUUGCGGGAGUGGCGUCUUACUUCCUGCUCCCCAAUAGCGUGGCAAGUGCUUCGUUCUUGAAGCCUGAGGAAAAGGAACUUGCGCAGAAAAGGCUGCUCAACGACACUUCAGCACACUUGCCUGACGGACAGCAAACCGAAGGAGCGGAGAAGUUCCGAUGGUCAGAAGUUCGACGGGGCAUCCUGAAUGUUCAGCUUUGGCUGAGUGCUACAGCCUAUUUCUCCAUUCUCUCUGGGCUGUACUCCUUUGGGCUGUUCUUACCAACUAUUAUCAAGGGGCUCGGGUAUACUGCCAACGAAGCGCAGUUGUGGUCCGUCAUCCCUUAUGCGGUUGCCGCGGUGGUCACUGUGGUAGUUGCCUUGCUGUCCGACCGACUUAAGCUCAGAGGAGUGGUCAUGCUUUGCGUCUUGCCACUGGCCAUCAUCGGAUACGCGGUCAUUGCGAAUAUUGACGAACAUGACAACCAUGUCAAGUAUGGCAUGACGUUCUUGAUGGCCACGGGGCUCUAUGCCAGUGUCCCGCCGGUGUUGGUCUGGAACAGUAACAAUUCCGCGGGUCAUUACAAGCGAGCCACCACGUCUGGCAUGCAGUUGGCCAUUGCGAAUGCUGGGGGCUUUGUUUCCGCAUUCAUUUACCCAAGUACUGAGGCACCACAAUAUCACAAAUCGCAUACCAUAAUCUUGGGGUUGCUAGUUUAUGCAUGGUUUGCCAUCCUUCUCAACGUUUUAUACUGCGCAAAGAUCAACCGCGACAAAGCUAGUGGGAAGCACGACCAGUAUAUCGGAUAUGGUGACGAUCGGGAUCCUGAAUUUAAGAUGGUUUUGUGA